AUGCGGCUCACCGCCGACCUCAUCCGGGAUUCCCUAUCCUACCUCAACCCGCUCAAGGAGCGAGAGCUUGAUCUUCGAGGCCAUCGAAUUCCCGCGAUUGAGAACUUGGGUGUCGCUGGCCCUCACGAUGCCAUUGACUUCACAGAUAAUGACAUUCAAGUACUGGGAAACUUUCCCUUGUCGCCUCGCAUAACGACCCUUCUCCUCGCACGAAACCGCGUCUCAAGCAUUCAGCCCUCUCUGGCUAAGGCCAUCCCGAACCUUGCCAACCUGGUGUUAUCGUCGAACAACCUGACAGAGCUUGCGGAUUUGGAUGCGCUGGCGUCAUUUCCCCGCUUGACGCACUUGGUACUGUCGGAUAACCCCGUUUCCAAGAAGGAGAACUAUCGAUACUGGGUGCUGUGGAAGUGUCCUUCCGUGCGGUUUCUCGACUUCGAAAAGGUCAAGGAGUCCGAGCGGGAGAAGGCUCGCGAGCUCUUCGGAACUGAAGAAGAGCCAACAGCUCUGGCUUCAAAGAUCCAAGGUAUCAAGACCACAACCUUCAACACCUCGACUGACGGCUCGGACGCGCCCUCCAAGCUUUCCCGAAUAAAGCUGACAGACGCCGAGAAGAAGCGACUACAGGAGCGCAUCAAGAAGGCUACCAGCCUACAGGAGAUUAUCGCGCUGGAGAAGGAACUGAACGAGGGACGUCUGCCUUCUGGUAUUCACGGAGAUGCCAUGGAGGAAUAA